AUGCAUUACUUCAACGUUACCAACACUGCCAAAUUCCUGUCUUGCACUUCGACUGCAUUGACCCCCGUCCUAACUCCAGUCACCAAGACCACUCUGUCCCCUGUGACCCAAACCCGCUACACGACUGUCUACGAGACUGUCAUGCCGGCAGCUUGCGAAACAGGCCAGUGGAUGGCUACUUAUACAGUCACCGAGACUUGCACUGGCAAGCCUAGCGACUAUGUUCCUUCGGUUAUCCCUCCGGGAUUCGUCGUAACUACUGUGUCUUGCCCCGUCUGCCACCCUGCUACGGCCAUCGAGAUCACUUGCCCGGGUGUUCAGCCCACUGGGUAUCCCACCGUCGGCAUUACUGGAAACGGUGUUACUGCUACCAUCACCGCUACGCCGGCUGGUUACCCUGUGGGUAACUCGGGUCCUUACCCAACCAAAGUUCCCUCUCGUCCUAUCCCUGCUCAUCCCAUACCCGCUGGCCCUGGAUCAUGCUCUGGUCCUGGGCCUUGCCCUGGCACCGGUCCCAAGCCGACCCCAGUCCCAUGUGCUGGCCCCGAAUGCCCAGACUUCAACCCCAUGCCAUGCUCCGGACCCGGGUGUCCUCACCCAGGCUCAGAAUAUACUCCUAGCGGUAACCCCAGCUCUCCUCCAUGCCACGGUCCCGAAUGCCCAAGCACUGGCUCCGGCCCCGUUCUUUGCUCUGGCCCUGGAUGCCCUGCUCCGGCAGGCCCAGGCUCCAUGUCAUGUUCUGGCCCCGGCCCGUGCCCCGGCACUGGUCCCAAGCCAGUCCCUGUUCCUUGUGCCGGCCCCAGCUGCCCCGGCUCAGGUAACAACGGCACCACUAGCACUCCUCCCUACGUCGUCUCCGGCGCAUCGUCGCUCAAGAACGCUUUCGCUGUCGUCACAGGGCUUGUUUUCGUGGCCGGACAUUUCAUCCUCUUGUAA